UGUAUAACAUGUGAUAUAGCAUUGCAUAACAAUAAGCAAAUAAUAGACGGAUCCAUAUAUUGAUUGAUAAUCACUACAAAUAUGAUAAUUAAUUGAUUUGUUAUCAAUCACUAUCUAAUUGAUCUCAUUAACAAUUGGAUGGCUUCGAGAGGCACUACAGAAACAAACCAAUUGAAGAACAAUUUGGAGGAUCAGUUGGAUAGACUGGUCGCUCAAUUGGCUGAUCUCGAGGAAUGCAAAGGUGACUUAGACUCAGAGGAAUAUGAAGAGACAAAACGUGAGACAUUGGAGCAGUUGGAAGAGUUUAGCCAAUCGUUGUCUGCCAUGAAGUCGGGAAAUAUGACACUAAUCGAUGAAUUAAAUCAAAUGCAAUUGGCCAUUCAAGCAGCUAUUAGUCAAGCAUUUUAUACUCCAGAAGUUAUUCGUAUGUUUGCUAAGAGACAACCGGAACAGCUAAGGGUUAAGUUGGCUCAGAUUGAAAGGGACUCUAAAAUUGCCAAAUUAUCACAACAAGUCUAUACACAACAAAAAGUUGAGAUUUUAAUAGCAUUAAGAAAAUUAGGAGAUAUUUUGGAUUCAAAUGAAGAAAAUUUCAUAAAAAGUAAUACAACCGAUGCUCUCAAAGAGUUUGAUAAAGUGGUUGACGAACAAAUUAAAAACGAAGUAAUUGCUUCUCAACUCAACAAAAACUGCUAAAACAGAUA